AUGAGCGUGUUCAAUGACGUGGAGAUGAGCACAGUCCUGCACGACAUUCAAUGCAUGUCCUUCUGCCUGAGGUUGAAGGUGUACAAGAGGGCGCAAACAAACGCGAAUGUGUCCAGGAAGACAAUUGUGAUCUUCGGCGCAGGCAGACAUCUCAAUCUUGAGCAGGAGGAUGAAGAGGAUAAGGAUCACGCCCUACAACACGAACACGAGCUUCUCCAAGCAGGUGUCCGCAAUCACGAACAGGUCCAGGAGCUUGCUCUACUACAGGGACUUGUCUAA